CGAAAAUUUCCAUAAAACGUGGAAAUUUUAUGUUUGUCUCUUCUUGUGAAAUCGUGUUUACUUCAGAGAUUAGUGAUAGAAUCCACUCGCUUAUUGAAGUAAUUUAAAACUAUAAUAUCAGAUCACAUCAUCCGUAUUCAAGCUAUGUUCCAAGAGGGAUCUAUUGAAGUUCCUGUACAUCAUUUUAGAUUCCCAGUUUAGAAAAGCUGCCCCAUGAUGAUGGGUAAUUCCAAAUCGAACCACUCAGGUGAAAAUGAACCUUCUAAAUCCAAAAGCCCUGAUAAGCGAAACACAGCCAGCACUCAUAAGACAUCCAAAAAUAAAAAUUUGAAUAAGCACAAUCAAGACCAACACCAGCACGAGGAAUUUUCCAGACAUGCCAAUACUGUUUCUAGUAAUAAUGGCUCUGCCUCAAAAUCUUCAGAGUUACAAUUGACUCGGCGACCACUAAGAAAUAAUUCAAGCAAAGAACCAUACGAAACAGUUAAUGCUGAACCAAAUCAUGUUCCAUUGCUGGUUCCAAAAAAAGAAAAUCCAGAUUUUCAUAGUGAAACAGUUUAUCACAUUUCAAGAGAUCCUCGCAUGACAGAAAAUCCGAUUCUGGAUCAUGCUGACGACACGAUUGAUGAUACUUCUAACGAAGCGUUUGAUCAGAAUUUAAGAAAUGACUCCUCAGCACCCGCUGAACCUGUUCUCGAUUUUCUUGUCGAUGUCAACAUUGAACACGUAAAAAAUGAAAUCGAUGAACUCGGCCUUACAGAUAGCAGCGAUUGGAAAUCCAGGUUUUUAAAUGGAAGAAACACCAACACAGAAGAAGGUGAAAAAAACUCCGAUAACACUGGCUACGUUCGAAUAAAAACAGAGCCGAUCGAAGACCAUGUGUUGCCCACUUCUGAACCGAUUGAAGAUGAUCGUUGCUCUGUUGACUCGGGUUCUACCGUGGGUCUUCCUUCUCCUGAAAGAGCUUCUCCAACUCCAUCGUGUCCUUCACCAAUGCCUAAUGAAGAUAACCAGGCUAAGGUUGAUCUAGAAGAUUAUACAACACUGAAAAUCCCUCCGAAUGGACAAGCAAUCUCACCAGAACUUAAAAAUGGCAAAACAGGUGUAGAUUCAGUAUCAAAAAAUGACUUUCCAAUUGCCGAAGACUCGAGCACCACAUACUAUUCCCCACCGACAGACCUGGAGGAAGAAUAUCGGAAACUAGAGAGGGAAAAGAUAGCAGCCGCCUUAUUAGCAAACAAGGGAUACUCACGUGAAAAUACAGACAUAUCAAGCGACGAAGAAGUUUCUGUGCCUAUUGAAAGCCCUUCGAAAGCGCCAGCUUUCCACGUCGAUGAUUUUGGUGACGAUGACGAUGGCGAACAGUUCUGCGACUUUGACCAGGAAAAGGAUCCUAGCUGGGCCAGCCCCAAACCUCCUGAGGAUAGUAGGAUAGGACAAAAGCGCUCACGUCCUACUGAGGAGGCAGCCAACGUUAAUGAAACGACUGUCCCUCUUUCGAAAAAAAGUAAAUUCCAGGUCCACAAAUUUCCUCAAGAUAAUGUUGAGCCCAGUCUCCAUCCUACGCCGGUUACUCCUGUGGAAAUUAGUACGUCGACUUCUACCGUUUCCAGCUCUGCGGCGAUCUCCAAUGUUGAAACAUCCACAGCCCAGCCUUCCGAAAUGGAUGUGGAUGUCCCACUAUCCCAGCCUGCCACACCCACCGAUAAGAACCCUGCAUCUGCCAGACCAAGAAUUCCGGUUAAAUUAACAACUACUAACCGAGCUUCAAUGAUGGUUGAAGAUUACCUAAAUUCGGCUAAUGUUAACGCUGCUAAAGUACCGAACAGGCGGGCUGGUACGCCAUCAAAAACUACUUCAAAACCGAAGAAAACCACUAGUAGCGGGAGGUCUACUCCUUCUCGCCCAGUUGACCUGGAAUUUUCGGAGAGCGUUGCCGACAAUCAUGGCAUCACCGAAGAGAGUCCACGACAACAAAACCUUGUUGCGUUAACGUCAAGUGCGCGAGAUCCACGUCAGAGAAAAAAAGAAAACGAAACGUCUUCUACGGACCAAGCCAGUAAGUCGCCCAAUACAAUCUCAAAUUUGAGUCUCACCCUCAAAAACCGAAUACUCAUGCGAGUACUGAAAAGGUGGCAGUACAAAUGGAUUGAGCAACAAGCCAACAACAAUGAACCUCCCAAAUUGCUUGAAGAGGAUAAAAAUUUUCCACAGGAAAUUCCAAAGUUGUCCUGCGUUCCAGUAUUGACCAAGUAUGGCGACCUACAAUCCUACUAUGACGUCUUUCAUCCGCUCAUUCUGCACGAAAUGUGGUCGAGUUUAGUCGUCAAGAACAAGGAAAUUAAGGAGAAAAAUUACACGGAAUGGAAAUGUCUGACUGAGACAUUAACUGAAGAAGGCGCGUUUGUUCUUCUGCGCUGCGUUAUGAUUCUGGAAUAUGAGAGAGAAGUUCCAAUAGCGAAUGAUUUAGUCGUAAUAACAUUGGCCCAUCCUAAAGCAGAAUUCAUUCAUCCGUUUGGCUUUGUAGAGAGUUCCAAAACAAUCAAACUUUCCAAAACAGCCAAUGUAGACCAAGUGCUAAUGCCUAAAGACAAAUCAAAAGCCAAUUAUUCGGCUGAAGUCCUUAUUCGACUCGCGAAGAACUUUGCACCGAUUUAUGCUCCAGGACAGAAGAACAUAAUUGGCACAAUGGCGAAAGUUGCAUCGUUGGCUACGUUUAUUGACCUGUUUCAUGCUCAAGCUGCUUUAAACUUUUCUGCCAUUCGCGAUAUCAUCCUCCAUCCUCGACCAUUUGCCUUUCAAUUGAUGCACAGCCAAAGGCUUUUCCAGGUGGACUAUUUGGAUCCCUUGCAAACGGAGGCGUAUCUUUCAAUCGGACAAACUAUGCUAAUUACACCAAAUAACCAACCGAAAAUUGCCCUUCUCCAAGGAUUUCCGGGUACCGGAAAAACACACGUGGCAGUCCACAUAAUCAACCAUUUGCUUAGUCACAAGCUUCAUGAUAUUCGUCCGAAAAUUCUUUAUUGCGCUCCCACACAUGCAGCCGUUGACGAAAUGACCAGACGCUUGGUCAAUAUGAACAGACGCAUGGAGCAUAAUGCCCGCUUCGAUGUUCUACGGAUGGGUACGUGGGCAAGACUUCAUACGGACAUUAAGGAAGCGACCCUGGAAGACAAGUUGAUGAGAUUGCGGGCACGUAUCAAGCAAGAAAAUCCUGCGCGGAAGGAAGUUCGUACUCUCGAAGAAAAAUUGCUUCUCCUACAAAAUCUUAAGCAAUCCAUCUUGAAAGAGCUUAAUCAAGAUUCACAUUCCAUCCAAAGAAUUAAAGAAUUGGAACAGAAACUGGAAGAGGUAACUGAUGAGAUAGAAACAGCAACAAUUUUAUUGGAAGAAACCCAAAAAGUUCAAGAAGAGAAAGUAGAAAAAGACCUUCAAGAUCACAAACACCUAACCAUUUCUCAGGCGGAUGUCAUUUGCACCACUUUAGAAACAUGCUGUGACACAGACAUGCAAAACAUUUUCCUUGGCCGAAAACCAGAUGGUAGCGGGAAAACGCCUAGACCAUUUCUCUGCUGCAUUAUAGAUGAUGCUUCCUUGUGUACGGAACCCCAAACAUUGAUGCCAUUAAGUUUGGGGAUAAAGAAGCUAAUUCUUGUUGGGGAUGUUGAGCUUGCACCAUUCACCCUCAAUUCAUCAGUGGCCAAACAAUCACGACUAGAUCAAUCGUUAUUCAGUCGUUUUCAUUCAUUUGUGAGUUCGGAAUGCAACGAAAACGAGCGCAUGAUCUUCUCGCUGAAUAUGCAACAUCGCAUGGACUAUGAAAUCUGUCAGUGGACUUCAAAGUACUAUUAUGGAAACCGGUUGCUGACGUCUGCUGCAUUGAAGUUAAAUACUUCGUUACAUGCUUAUAGAAUUUUGGAUGUUAAAGACAGCGACGAGACUUCUGAUGGCUCAAGCUUGGUCAACCGACCUGAGGCUGAAGUGGUCACGAAAAUCGUGGAAUGUCUAUUGCUUUCUCCGGGUCUGAGGGACAGAACAAUUGGAAUUGUGACGUUUUACGAAAAACAACGUAUUCUUAUUCGCCAUCUCAUAAGAGAAAGGAUGCCGAAAGAUUAUGCUCGCACUGACGUGAGAUUAGUGCAAGACGUGCAAGGCACUGAAACGGAUAUUGUUAUUAUUUCUUGCGUUAGAACGAAGAUUCGAGGCAGGGACAAAAAUUUGGCUACGUUAACCGAAUACUGGAACGUUGCGUUAACCAGGGCAACUGAAUCGUUAUUCAUUUGCGGACAUCUCAAAACUCUGCAGACCAAUGAAGUUCUAAAAGAUCUCAUCUAUGAUGCCGACAAACGUCAAGUGAUUCAUCGAGUAUCAAGUUUAUUUGAACGUACUAUGUUAUACGAUGUACUGCUCAAACCACCCACGUACAUGUAAGCAGCAAAUCUAAGAUAGAAAGGUAAAUAUAAAUUUGUAACACCGAA